AUGGUGAAUAGACUGCAGCAUAUUCAGAAGUACGGUCUGCAGUCCAGACCAUGGGUCUGGCAUAUCAUCCCGCGAACCACGGUGGACGCCCAACUCCACAUAUCAAGAUCAUUGAGAAAUACUGGCUGCAACAUCUCACUGGAAGCGUCGCUGCUCCUAGAGGAGUUCAAGGACGGCGAGGAGAAGUUGGCGAUUGUGAUCUCGCGCGGCGUGCUCGUCGUCGGGAACGUGGGCGAUUCGCAUAUCCUCCUCGCGGAAUGUGACGGGUUGGAGCACAUGGAGGUGCGCCGGUUGACACGCGAUCACAAACCAUCGAGUCCCAGAGAAUACAGCCGGAUUGAACAGGCAGGGGGAUUGGUUAGCUUCGACACGGACAUACCGCGCAUCGGCGCACUGAACAUGUCGCACGUGGGUGAUCUGCAAUACGCGAACCUGCUGAACAACGAGAGCGCGGGCCCUAGCACCGAACACGCCGUGACGACUGCAUCUCGCCAGCAGAGCAGUUUCUUCUCCGGCGAGUUGGCCAUCACCUGGGUUAAGUUGCGGCAGGACCGUCGGUAUCUCCUUGCGCUGACGACGGAUGGGGUCACGAACGUAGUUAGGGUCGAUGUCAUCGGGGAGGAGAGCAAGAACCGCCGCGCGAAGGGGCUGAGCCCGCAGGAGAUGGCGGACGAGCUGGUCCGGCAGGUGAUCGAAGAGAAAUGA